ACCACUAUUUCUAGUACUGUCACGCAACCCUCUACCACCACCACCACCAUGGCAGCAAAAGACCCUUGUGAUCCCAAUCCUUGUCCUGAAACAGCACCUGGGCAUCCGAUACCAUGCAAAAGCAUAAAUGGCAGCACCAACUUUGAAUGUGUGCGACCCAAUGGUUACUGCCUGUACAGUAAUGCGCUCCACAGGCAGGGAGAAGUCUGGGACAUAGGGUGCAAACAAACUUGCAGAUGUAUUAAGUCAUCAGCUAACUUUGUCUACUGUCAACCCAAAUGCCAAGACUGGGACGGAAUGCCUAUUCCGGCGGGAUGCAUACUGGAUCCUCCUAAGCUCGGUGAAUGUUGUCAAAAUCUGAACUGCGACUCUCUGACUCCUCCACCAUGAUAAUGACACAUAUUUAUAUUUAAAGAUUUAUAAAGACUGAAAUACCAUUGAUAAUUCUCCAACCUGUCCCUGAAGAUAAUUUUUGUUCAAAUAUUAUGUGGUUCAGAUUCAUAUUCAAAAUGUGACAAGGAAUUUUAUUUCUUAUAUUUCUUGCUUUUUUCAAAAUAUAUGUUUCAGCUUAAAUGUUGGUGUUUACCCAAGUGUUUCAAACAUUGGGGAUAUAUACAUUGUAAAACGUGAAUCAUAAACGACCUUCAAAAACAAGGAUGCCCAUGCUGCUAGUGGAGAGUCUUAAAUAUGCUGCAUCACUUCCUGCCCUUCUGCUUUUUUAUUAUGUAUUUUUUACCCUUGAAACAGUUGAAGAAAACUUAAAGCUUAUCUAAUAUUAUGCAGCAUCCGCACCCCCCCCCCCCUUUCAAAUAAUUUUGGAUCUUGCUUAAAAUGGUAUUGGUACACACAUGAAGACUUGCACUAUUAGGAUUCUACCCAUCUAAAAUAUCUACCACUUUUGCAAUUUAAAUAUGAAAGAUUGAUUUAGAUUAACUGUUCCUCUCCGGGUGACUUUUGCAUAGCAGACUUUGUGGGUAGAUUAAAUUUGUUUGUAACUGACAAAUACCAGUAGCUACAUGUGUCUUAUAAUGUAGUAUCGAUUACUUUUGUUUGUUAUUAGUACAUUAGCGGAGAAGAGACGUCACGUUGAACUCUUCUUAAAAAAAUUAAUAAAACACAUUUCUGCAGCAUUGUUCAUACUGUAACUGUGAUAUCGUGUCAAAAUAUUUCACUUUUUUUCUAGUAACAAGCUGUCAAGGACCGCAGUAUUGAAAGAUUGUAAUUAGUGGGCCUAUUUUAUUAAACUUUCAUACUGAUAAAAUUCAGCAUAAACGUCUGUGAACUUAAAUCUCAAGUGUUAUGGGAGACUUGAAAGGCUAUAAACGGGAGACUAGAAGGAGAGAGGAGAUUGGUUUGAGGCUGA